AGAAGUUACCGCGCCGGAGAGGUCGGAAGGCGUAGACGAGCAGGGUUGAACACCCGUCGUAUUUAUUUUGUUUCCCCCGCCUUAGCGCAUCCCUCUCUGUGUGCGCACGCGCAGAAGGCAGAAGGCGCGCGAGCGAGGGGGCGCGCGCGGAGGAGGGGGGAAAGGUCUGAGGCUUCGCCUGCCGGCUUCGCUCUCUCGCCGGUGGGGGAGGGGCGCCGCCCGCCUUCCUUCCUUCCCGCCAUUUUCCUCGUGAGGCGAUGGCGCCUCUGCUGGGCCGCAAGCCCUUCCCGUUGGCCAAGCCGCCGCCGCCGCCGCCGCCUGCGGGGGGAGAGAAGCCUGAGGGGCCGGAGACGGCCGAGGAGGAGGAGAAGCAGCCGGAGCCGCGCUUCGUCAUCCCCCACACGCAGGAGGUCUUCCGCACCAGCGAAGAAUAUGAAGCACGGCUGGAGAAGUACAGCCAACGAAUAUGGACCUGCAAAAGCACAGGAAGCAGUCAGCUGACGCACAAAGAAGCUUGGGAGGAGGAACAGGAAGUUGCAGAGCUCUUGAAGGAGGAAUUCCCAGUUUGGUAUGAGAAACUUGUCUUGGAAAUGGUCCACCAUAACACAAUCUCCUUAGAAAAGCUGGUAGACACUUCCUGGCUGGAGAUCAUGACCAAGUUUGCAGUAGGAGAAGAGUGUGACUUUGAGGUUGGGAAGGAGAAGGCUCUGCGGGUGAAGGUGCUGAAAAUACAUCCUUUGGAAAAGGCGACGGAAGAGGAAACGGCUGAGAAGAAAGCCAAUGGAGCUUGUGAUUCGCCUUCCAGUGACAAAGAGAAUUCCAGCCAGGUAGUCCAGGAUAACCAAAAGGAGCUGGCCCUGAAGGAAGAUGAGAACAGGAGAGACAGUUUGAGUGACCGUGCACGCAGGUCUCCGCGGAAACUGCCUACAUCUCUGAAGAAGGAGGAAAAAAAAUGGGUACCUCCAAAAUUCUUGCCUCACAAAUACGAUGUCAAGCUGCAAAAUGAAGAUAAGAUCAUCAGCAAUGUGCCAGUGGACAGUCUCAUUCGCACGGAGCGGCCCCCAAACAAGGAGAUCCUGCGUUAUUUCAUCCGCCAUAAUGCACUUCGGGCUGGGAUGGGCGAGAAUGCCCCCUGGGUGGUUGAAGAUGGAUUGGUGAAGAAAUACUCUCUUCCCAGCAAGUUUAGUGACUUCUUGCUUGACCCACAUAAGUACCUAACUCUCAAUCCUUCAACCAAGAGGAAGAGUUCUGCAUCAGGUGAUCAGAAGCCCUCCAAAAAACCCAAAUCAGAUGGCUCUUCUCCCGGCCAGGGGUUGAACCCGUCGCUGUGGUGCAGCGUGCAUUUGAAGAAGGCUCACUUGGGCUCCCCGCUGAAAGUCAAGAACUCCAAACCCCCCAAAUCCCCUGCAGAGGAGUUAGAGGAGGUGAUGCAAAUGAUGUCAUCUGGCAACUUCAGCAGGAAGCGGCUGGGGAAAUCCUUGGACCCGAAGCAGAGAAACAAAAAGCUUUUGAACGGGCAGAAGUCUUCGGGGAAGUCCAGAUCACCCAAGAAGGACACCAAGAUAAAAAUGAAGCAGAUGACGUUGCUGGACAUGACAAAGGGCACCCCCAAGGUCUCAAGAGCGCCAAGAGGUUCUGGGGGAGCUCCCAGGUCCUCCAAUAAACCCCCAAAGCACCUCCCACCCGCAGCACUCCACCUCAUUGCCUACUACAAGGAGAACAAAGACCGCGAGGACAAGAAGAGUGCCCUUUCCUGCAUCAUUUCCAAGACUGCCCGCCUGCUGUCCAGCGAGGAUCGUGCCCGACUUCCCGAGGAGCUGCGGGGUAUCGUGCAAAAGCGCUACGAACUACUGGAGCACAGGAAAAAGUGGGCCUCUAUGACCGAGGAGCAGCGGAAGGAGCACAUGAAAAAGAAGCGGGAGAAACUGAAGGAGAAGUUGAAGGAGCGAGCCAAAGAGCGGCGGGAGAAGGAGAUGAUGGAGAAGCUGGAGAAGCAGAAGCGAUACGAGGACCAGGACAUCAAAGGGAAGAACCUUCCGACUUUCAAGCUGGUGGACACUCCGGAAGGUCUCCCCAAUGCCCUCUUUGGGGACGUGGCCAUGGUUGUGGAAUUCCUCAGCUGCUAUUCGGGGCUCCUGCUGCCAGAUGCUCAGUACCCCAUUACUGCCGUCUCUCUCAUGGAAGCUCUUUGUGCAGAGAGGGGUGGGUUUCUGUACUUGAACAGAAUCCUGGUCAUUCUGUUGCAGACCCUUCUCCAAGAUGAGAUUGCGGAAGACUAUCGUGAGCUGGGGAUGAAGCUGUCAGAAAUUCCCCUGACUUUACAUUCGGUUUCCGAGCUGGUCCGUCUCUGCCUGCGCAGAUCGGACGUGCAGGAAGAAAGCGUUGCGUCGGAGCUGGCGGAGGAGAACAAGGACCUAGCAGGCUUUGAUGACAACGAAGUGCAAGAUGAAUUCCUGGAAAAACUGGAGAUCUCGGAAUUUUUCGACCUGACCUCUGAGGAGAAGCUGCAGAUCCUGGCUGCGCUCUGUCACCGGAUUCUGAUGACCUACUCGGUGCAAGAUCACGUGGAAUCCAAACAGCAGAUGUCGGCCGAGUUGUGGAAAGAACGGCUGGCGAUGCUGAAGGAGGAGAACGACAAGAAGAGGGCAGAGAAGCAGAAGCGGAAAGAGAUGGUGGCCAAGAGCAAGGAGAAUGGCAAGGAGGAGAACUGCCUGGGCAAGGGAGAAAAGAAGAAAGUGGAGGUGGAGAAAGCAGUAAAGGUGGAGCAGCGGGUGGAGAUGGAAGCAGAGGACAUGAUCAGUGCUGUCAAGAGCAGGCGACUGCUGGCCAUCCAAGCCAAAAGAGAGAAGGAGCAGCAGGAGAUUGAGAUGAGAGUAAAACUAGAAAAAGAAGCCGAAGAAGAGAGAAUCCGCAAGCAUAAAGCCGCAGCUGAGAAGGCUUUUCAGGAUGGCAUAGCCAAAGCCAAGCUGGUCAUGCGCAGGACACCAAUAGGCACAGACCGUAACCACAACAGGUACUGGCUCUUCUCUGAUGAGGUUCCUGGUUUAUUCAUAGAGAAAGGUUGGGUACAUGAUGGUAUAGACUAUAGUUUCACACCUCCCACCGCAGAGGAGGAAGAAGAAGAGGGGGACGAAGAGGAGGAUGAUGACGAUUACCCACAAGAUAUGCUGGAGUCCCCAAUGGAAGGCACUGUGCUGAAUGUUCCACAGGUGAUCUUGCCUAUUCCGGAAGUUCCCAUUGAGACCACCAUCCCCAAACAAGGACAGAAUCUAUGGUUUCUCUGCGACACCCAGAAAGAACUGGAUGAGCUGCUUGAGUGCUUACACCCACAGGGUAUCCGAGAGAGCCAGCUGAGAGAACGUCUGCAGAAAAGGUAUCAAGACAUCACGCAUUCCAUGCACUUGGCUCGGAAGCAGAACCUUGGCUUGAAGUCCUGUGACGGCAGCCAGGAAUUGCUGAAUUUCCUGCGCAGUGACCUCAUCGAGGUUGCUACCCGGCUGCAGAAAGGCGGCCUGGGAUACGUCAGUGAGACAGAGUUUGAAGCCAGGGUUUGCUCAUUGGACAAUCUGAAGGAUUUUGGGGAGUGUGUGAUCGACCUCCAGGCCAGCGUCAUUAAGAAGUUCUUGCAAGGCUUCAUGGCACCUAAACAGAAGAGGAGGAAGCAUCAAGGAGAAGACUCCGUUUCCAAGGCUGAGGAGAUGGAUGAGGAGAAGAGAGUGGCUGAAGAAGCCAAGGUUGCUUCAGCUGUGGAGAAGUGGAAGAUUGCAAUCCGUGAGGCACAGACCUUCUCGCGGGUGCACGUGUUACUUGGCAUGCUGGAUGCCUGCAUCAAGUGGGACAUGUCGGCGGAGAAUGCCCGGUGCAAAGUGUGUCGAAAGAAGGGUGAGGAUGACAAACUCAUUUUGUGCGACGAGUGCAACAAAGCCUUCCAUCUCUUCUGCCUGAGGCCAGCCCUCUACGAAAUCCCGGAGGGCGAGUGGCAGUGCCCUGCUUGCCAGCCUUCUGUCGCUAGGCGGAAUUCCCGGGGCAGAAACUAUGCGGAAGACUCGGUAGAAGAGGAGAGCGAAGCUGAAGAGGAAGAAUCUGAGGAAGAGGAUGAUGACGAAGGGGUGGAGGAAGAAGAGGAAGAUUAUGAAGUGGCUGGGGUAAAACUAAGACCCCGGAAAGCAGCCAAGGGGAAGCAGGGUGGCACAGUGGCAGACCCUUUAAGGCGGGGCCGACAUCAAAGGAAGAAGCGGGCACUGCAUGCCACCCGAGGAUCCCGGCAGCGGUCCGCACCUGUUGGCGAAGCAGACAUUGACGAGCUGGUGCUUCAGACUAAAAAGGUGUCACGCCGGCAGACCCUGGAACUACAGAAGUGUGAGGAAAUCCUCAACAAACUUAUCAAGUAUCGCUUCAGCUGGCCUUUCAGGGAACCAGUGACCAUCGAAGAAGCCGAAGAUUAUUUUGAUGUGAUCAGCAGCCCCAUGGACUUCCAGACCAUGCAGAGCAAGUGCUUGUGCGGCAGCUACCGGUCUGUACAAGAUUUCCUUUCCGACAUCAAGCAAGUCUUUGCCAAUGCCGAGCAAUACAACCAGAACGGCAGCCACAUUCUCGCCUGCCUGGAGAAGACGGAACAGUGCUUGACAGACAUGUUGCAGAAACAUCUGCCUGGCCACAUGUACUCUCGCCGAAAACGCAAGCGGCCAUUGGCCCAACCCAGUCACGGACUAGAGGAAGCUGAAGGGGACAGUGAGCCAGAGGCAAUGGAAUACUCCAGGGGUCGAAGGAGGAAGAAAUGAAGGGCCAAGUGAUGGGACGCAGGUGGAGCAGGCCUACCCAGGUUGCAGCAGGAUCCGCUGCCCAGAGGCAGGAGGCAGGUGGGGAGCAGUCCAGCCUCGGCCUGGCCCCUUUUUUUCCUUCCUCUUGGCUCGCUCUAGCUCCUUACCUUUUCCACAACUUCCUGAAGCCCUCGAGAUAAAGGGGUGGUUUUGUUCUUCCUCAACCGUGGACUCAGUUGUUAGCAGGGGGCUGUGGGCAGACAGAGCCAGCUCUGGCCUGUGAGGAGAUGAGGGCGUCCUUGGCACCAGAGCUGCCUCUGUCCUUCCCCCACCUCUCCUGCUCUUUGUGGCGAGGGGUAUGGGCGGGCUGCUCAAUGGUCUGACUUGAUAGUCCCAUCGCCCCCCGCCCCCCCCAUGAGAAAACCGCCUCCUUGAACGGGCAAGCACUUACCUGUCUAGGCCAAUCACCUUUCACCAGCAUCAUGUUACAGACCAGCAUUUGCAGGUGCUUGACUAUCUCUUGGAUAUGGGGGGGGAGGGGCCUGUUCCUUCUCCCACCCCCUCCUAAUGGCCCAGGCACACAGCAAGGAGGGUGGCGCACCCCUCUGUAUUCGGGGGAAAGACAGAACUGGUCCUCUGUAACUUUAUAACCCCUUUUUGUAGUUAAGGAAAGACUUGUUUCUGGCAGUGACCUUGUACAAAUGCCUUGUAAGAUAACAAUCGUCUUGGCUUUGACAUGUACUGUACAGUUUAUAUGAGGAUGUCUGCUUUAUAUUUGCCCCCUCUCUAAACCACUCUUUUCCCUUAGAGUAGCUGGAGUUGACCCAGGGAAGCCGUCGGCUUUGUACACUUUGUAGACUUGCUCUCUCGUCUCCUUUUCUAGUAAUUCUCCUUCUAGCCCGCCUCUUCCCCCCCCCCCCCCCCCCCAUCCUGGUCAAGGGAAGGUUUGAAACAGAAAGCACCCAGUUUGAGAAAUGAUGUUUCUGGAACCUCUUGGAGUGGUCUCCUGGCAGGCUGUGCCUCCUAAAUGAGAAUUUCUUUUAUUUUCCCACCCCCACAGUAACUGAAGUUUUUCUGUCGGGCUUUUUUCAUUUCAAGAUUUUUUUAAAAAGCAAAACAUCCGAGGCUGGGAGUUUGGGAAAGAAGCACACGAUGGAGUUUGCUCUCCAUAUCUAAAGGCCCUCGCCAGAUCAGCCGCUCUGGCUGGAGCAUGCGCAGCCCCAUGGCUGCUGAUUGGCCCAGCUUAGCUUUAGGUUCUUUGCUUUGUGUUUCUUUCCUGGCUUGUUCCUGUAGACUGCAGCCAGCUCCCCUUCACACCGCCGGGGGGGUGGGCUAGCACUGACGUUCAUAAACAGCAACAUGCCUUUCUUUCUGUCCUCCCCCCCUUUUUUUUGUUUUGUCCAACGUUUUAUGCGACUCCUUACACAGUGGAACUUUUGGACUACAUUUUUUAAAAGGUUGUUGUUCGGUGGGGAGGGGGGGGAUUCUGCCAAGGGCUGUACUUGUAAUAAAUUGGAAGUAUAAAAGUGAA